CGAGCUGGGAUCGCAUCCGGGCCGCCGUCGAGGGGAGCGUCGCCGCAGCUGCGUGUCCGCCGCGCGUCUCCCCGCAGCUCCCGGCCCCGGCCCCCGCCCGCCGCCGCCGCCAUGGCGAUGCAAGCAGCGAAGCGCGCUAACAUUCGGCUGCCUCCAGAGGUUAAUCGUAUCCUGUAUAUCAGGAACCUGCCCUACAAAAUCACAGCAGAGGAAAUGUAUGAUAUUUUUGGGAAGUACGGACCUAUCCGGCAGAUCAGAGUUGGGAACACUCCUGAAACAAGAGGAACAGCCUAUGUUGUCUAUGAAGACAUCUUUGAUGCGAAAAAUGCUUGUGAUCACCUGUCAGGAUUCAACGUGUGCAACAGAUACCUUGUGGUUUUGUACUAUAAUGCAAACAGGGCGUUCCAAAAGAUGGAUACAAAGAAGAAAGAAGAGCAGCUUAAGCUUCUCAAGGAAAAAUAUGGAAUUAAUACAGACCCACCAAAAUAAACUGAUCUCUAUGGAAAAACUGAUUUUAAGCCUUGCCAUUGUGUUCUUGAACUAAACAUAGGGAUUCUCAAUCAAAUCUAACUUCUCUUGUUUUGUUAAUAUGCUCUAACUUGAGUCUUUAGAUCUUAACAGUAGAAUGAAAUAAAUGAAGAACAUUACAAAAUCUGCUUAAUACAAAUCCUCUUAAAUGGACAUGGUUUCUGUAUCUCGUAAGGUUGAACUGGUAAAUUCUGCAUAACCAGUCAUGUUUCUAGCAGGAUCUUACAAGAUGGGACCAAGAUUCUGGCCUGCUGAAAUUGUCACCGUUCUCCAGUGCUGAUUUUAAAUACAGCAGCCAGUUAAUAUGAAGAGUUAGUUCAAAGGGCUCUGCGUGAAAUGUUCACAUAAAGGUGAAUUUCACUUCUCACUUUCUAAAAAUGAGAUAUUGCAAAUAAAGAGGUGUCACUGCCUUGGAGUGCUA